AUGGUGGCUCUUAAUAUUCUUGUAAAAAAAUUUGAUGAAUAUCAUGAAAUUGUUAGAAUUUUAUCUAGUAUUGAGAUAUUUACAGAUGAUGAAUUGCUUCUUGCUGAUGUUGAAUAUAUAUCCAAAAAAACUAAUAUCUCUCUAAAUAAAAUAAAUAAAUUAAUUAAUAGUGUGAUUGUUCCAAGUUGUGCUGCUAGAUCAAUUCGUGGCAAUAUGGAUCAUCAGUUAUCUGGUUUUUUGGUUAGUACGAAAUGCAAUGCAAUAGAUAAUAUUUUAGAUGGGGGUCUUCCUACUGGCCGUAUUAUUACAAUUUCAGGUCCAUCUGAGAUUGGAAAGACUACUAUUGCGUAUUCAGUUGUUUCUAGUUAUUUAUUAUCAUAUGCAAAUGCUCGUGCACUAUGGAUUGACACAUCUGGGACGUUUUCUGUUCAGAGAUUAAUAGAUAUUGCACAAGAUAACGGCUAUCAGUCUAGUUUUCUUGAAAGAGUAGGGAUUGUACGCGCUUUUGAUAUAUGGGGAAUUAUCGAUGGUGUAAAUGAAUUUCAAUACCUUGUUAAUAAAUCUAUGAAUAGUGAUGAUUUAAUUCCUGGUGUUAUUGUAAUAGAUAAUAUUACUAAUCCUCUAAGUUUGCUUAUGCAGCGUGAACAAAUUAAAGGACAUAGUAUAAUGAAUUUAUUAAUUCGUAACUUAUAUACUAUUUUUUCUCAAAAUAGAAAAAUUCUUGUUCUUUUGAUUAACUUUACAGUAAAAUCGCAUUCAACUAAUUUUUCUUCAUUUUCCUCAACUGAAUUAAAGCCUGCAUUGGGUGUGACAUGGCCAUAUUUAAGUGAUCUUGAAAUUUUAAUUACUAAAGCACCUAAUAAUGUUGAUUAUUCGUUUGCAAAUAUAUUAGAAAUUAUUUUUGAUCGUUAUGGCACACUUUUAGGAAAAUGGGGAUUAUUUGUGAUAGUUGUUUUUCUUUUUAUUUGUCCAACUCUGUUUUAA